GGUUGAAUGAUUGAUUCACGACGAGACGCCAACGAAUAUGCAGACACUGACAUACGUGCAUGCGUUUCCCAUUCGUUUGUGUCUUGUCAUCCAUCCAUCAGUCGGCCAUCCAUCAGUCGCCCAUCCGUCCAUGUCUUACUCGUCUAGCUACGUACGCACCUGUGCACAUCACAUGCAUGCCUGUCUGUCUGUCCAGACAAAACUACCACGAGGUCAGGUAAGACGGCAGUCAGUUCGUGUGUGGAGGGGAGGUGGCCAGGCAGGCCAGGUAGGUAUAUAGGUAUGUAUGUAGGUAUGUGCUCGAGUCGAGGGCCGCCAUUCACCCACCCACCACUGUGUGCAGCAAGCAAGGAAGGACUAGAAAACAAAGCGCAAGCACGCAUCGCGAUGGCUGGCUUGGUGGCCAUCAUUCAUGUGGAUUAAUGGCCGUCUGUCUGUCUGUCUCAUCCAUCGAUUGUACGAUCGAUGUCCCUCCUCCUCUCGCAUGCCCAACGUGCAAAUGCAUCAGUGAAGACACCACACCCUCCCUCUGACCCCCAGGGGCGUAUGUAUGUAUGUAAAGCCUAGAGCCCGUUGCCCUACUAAUAAACUCCGCAUGCAUACAUCCGUCGUUUGGCUGACUGACAGACAGCAGCGGAGAUAGACCACCAAUGCAUUGGUGGGAUCAUUCACAACCGCACACCACCACACCACACCACUCCACAGAACAGAAGGGUUACAUGAGCACCAUGACAUAGCGAACACGGAAACCUCUCGCAUCAAUCGUAUGGCAACGAGAGGGUUUUGAGCCAGCCAAGCCACACCAGACACGCACACACAUGUACUGUACGCACUCGUCCAUCCAUCCCAUGCAUGCCAUGCAGUCAGUGAGUCAGGAUUGAUAGAGAUAAGAGAUAGGAACAAGAUCCCUCUCUCAUGGCCAUCCCGGGCCGCCAAUGGAUGGAUGGCCCCAUUGAAUCAACACUCAAUCCCGCAAUCAAUGAUCCGUUGCAUUGAGCUCUCGUCCUGAAAGAAAGGUAGUCCAUUCCUACAUAGCAUAGCAAGCACUACACUGUCAGCCAGUCGAAUGGCCGCUCAGUCAGUCAGUCAGUCAGUGUACCCCCCUCGCUCACACCCUUUGAUAAACCAGACCUGUCAGCACAGCCACACGACUACACACACGGGCUGAGUGUCCAGACAGACAGACAGACAGACAGGCAGACAGACAGACAGAGGGACGCCCAUACCGUCAGUUCGUCAAUAUCUUAUAGCCCUCACUUCUAUUAUCGACACAAACCAAUGCAAUCAAUCUGUCAAUCAAUCAAUCCGCCUCACUUAAAACCCACACCGCACACCGUGUGUGUAGUGUCCUCAACCCAUUCACACAAACAUCCCAGAGAGAGACACCAGUCGGUCGAUGCGUCGAGCAACUCCUGGAUGUGAGCAGGAAGCCACGCGUAUGUAUGUAUGUCUGUAUGUGUGGGAGAGGUAGGGAAAAAAGAGGGCCAGGCCACUUCCGAACAGUCAGUCAGCCAGUUAGUCAGUGCUACCUACUACGAAUUCCACAGACGAUCCGAUCCCGCCCCUACGAAUGAAUGAGUGCCAAAAAACCUCACACAUUCACACACCACCAUGCAGCCAACCAACUGACCGGAGGGCACCUGACUAUAAAGGCAAACGUCAGUCAAACACAGACGACAUCGACAACGGCCACACCGGCCCGGCCCUCCCGACAUUCCUCCCUCCCGACAUCCCUCCAUGUGUGUGUUGUGUGUCUAGACGUCAUGUCCGGCAUUCGGGCUCUCUGAGUGUGUGCGUCCCGAGGCCGUCUCGGUGGUCUCCUCGACCCCGUUGUCGGUGGCCUUGUGCACCUCCACCUUCAGGGGCGACUUGGCGUCGUCACUCGGCAGCGUUGCGAACGGCGACAGGGCGUCGACGCCCUUGGCCUUCCAGUCGUCCUCAAACUCGUUGUGCUCGGUCUUCUGCAGCUCGGCCGUGAGGGACUUGACGAACUUGUUCUGCUUGUGCCGGAUCUCGCUGGCCUCCAUCUUGAGCCACUUGCGGCCGCCGAAGCGGUAGAACCAGACGGCGAAUCCAACGAUGGCGGCGGCUAUGAGGACGACGAUGAUGAUGCCGCCAAUCAUCAGGCCCGGCUGGUUGUCCUCGGCCGUGAACAUGUUGCUCAGCGCCAGCAGCCCCAUCGGCAAAGCAGCAAACACUAUCAGGAUGCUGAUCGAUCCAACACACACAUACACACACACACACAGGCAGCCAGACACACAAGACAGACAAUGUCGGUGUGCGUGGCGGGUGUGUGUGUGUGUGUGGUGGUUGGUGGCGUGUGAAGCUGACUAUGCGAUAGGGAACCAGCGGAAGACGGCUGUGAUCUCCCCGAGGCCCCUGGCCAUCCGCAGAGGGAUCGCCCGCAUCUGCGGAAUCGGGUACCUGCACAUCCGACGCACGCAGACCAGGCAGGUGGGUGCGAGCGACGAGUGAGGGGCACACACCACACCAAGUGUACGUACGUACAUGCACUCACCAAGGUGGCCACAUGCACCCACGUAAAUCAAUGAAUACCAGAUGAGAAUUCCGAAGAUGUUGAAGAAAAGGUGACACAGUGCGAUUUGCAUCCCCUCGGGCUUGUCGGACACGAGUGCCGCCAGCAGCCCGGUGAUGGUCGUACCCACGUUGGCACCAAGCGUCAAAGGGAACAUGUGCUCAAGGUCAAUCGUGCCUGUGGGGGGUGGUGGGGUGGGGGACGUCACAUGACACGAAUGACACGUGCAGUGACUGCACUGCAAGAUAGCUAUACACGUCUGUCUGUCUGUCUGUCUGUGAGUGACGCUAGAUAGAGAUGCGAUGCGAUGCGUACGUACCGAGUCCGACGAGUGGUGUGAGGACAGACGUGGUGAUUGAAGACGACUGCACGAGCAUCGUGAGGCCCGCACCGAUGAGCAUGGCCACAUACUCAUGGCCGAUGUAGUUCUGGUGCACCACACGCUCAAAAGUCUUCUUGACCGACCCGAUCAACAGGUAGCGCAUCACUUUCACCUGUGUGUGAUGAAGGCAGGCAGGCACACAAACGAAUGAAGAACCAUUAAUUACGCAAACAGCCAUGGCAUGGAGGGAGGGAAGAGGACACGACACGCGCACACAGGCAGGGCAGGCCGAGGAUAGAUAGGUAUGCUGACAGCGGUGACCGGAAGCUGUCUGUCUGUCUGCCUGCGUCCGUGAGUGUGUGUGCCCCACCCACACCCGUCGUGCCUACGUGUGCAUGUACUGUAGGUACGUACCAUGAUGGUGAGUGCGAUCAUGAGCAUGGCGAGGGAGACGAAGACCAUGAAGACUCCAUAGCUGAACUCGGCUCGCUGGAAGGCAGUCCCAGCAACCACGGCAUCGCCCUUGUGAAUCGCUGCACAGACACAGACAGACAGACAGACAGACAGAGAGACAGAGAGAGGGAGACGGACAACUACUUGUGUCUGUUCUGCGCCACAUGCAGUAGGUUUAGGGUCGGGUGCAGUCAGUGAGUCCUCACGGAGCCAUGCGAGUCCCUCUUUGAGGAGGUGGUCAACAUAUUUCGUGCUGUUGGGAUCGGUAACGCUGCAGUCGAGUUCGCCUGAGGCCACCCCGGUGAUGACGUCCUUGUCGGGCACGAUGAUGUGCUUGGUUAUGACCUUGACGAUCGUGUCGAAGGGACUCUCCCACCUGAGUGACGUACACACACAGGGUACGUACGUACGUUGUCAGUCACAUGAAUUGACUCAACAAGUACGGUAGGUACAUACUCUCUCUGCGCAUUGCAUCCACCCCCCUCUCUCUGCGCAUUGCAUCCACGGGGGGUGGGGAGGGGUGGGAUGGAGGUCUGGUCGUGCGUGCGUACUUUUCGCCGGUGGUUCCGAUGUCGUCGUGCAUGAUGGCGUCAGUAAGGUGCUCGAGCAUGUUAAAGAUCCACUCGAUCGGCAGCAGUAUCAACACCGAACACAAGUUGAAGCAAUCGUGAACCUACAGACACAUACACACACAGCAAGGCCACCCACCCACACCGAUAGAACGUCCGUCGGUCAAGUAAGUAGCACUAGCACACUCCCUGCCUCCCUCCCGCUGUACCUACCGUGGCCCCGGCGAAAGCCCUCUUGAACUCUCCCAAGUGGUUCAUCUGGCCCAGCGACACGAUCGUGUUGGUCACACUCGUACCGAUGUUGGCGCCCAUGAUCACAGCUGCAUGUCCGUGGACACACACGUAAACACACACGCGCAUACGUCAGGCAGGUAAACUGCGUGGCGUGGCGUUGCGUGGCGUGGCGUGGCGUGUCGUACGGAUAGCGGGUCUGAUUGGUAGCAGGCCGGACCCGACGAGGCUGACAACGAUGGAGGUGGUGGUAGAGCUGCUCUGCAGCGCCACCGUGGCGAUGACACCGGCAGUAAGGCCGGCGAUGGGGUUGGAGAUGGCGCUGAAGAAAGUCCCCAUACCGCACGCACCCACCGUCUUGAAGCUAAACACACACACGCGGAUCCGUGCAGGUACGUCCGCCACCAGUCAGUCAGUCAGUGAGUGAGGCAUCUAUCUAGGUAGAUAUGUACAGCACUGAGUGUGUGGACGUACCUGUCUCCCAUGAGCUUGAGGGCAACCAGAAACAUGUACAGAGCGCCGAUGAGGAUGAUCACGAGGGUAGUAUUCCUGAAGGAAUCACAUGUCACAACAAAGACACGCGUGCACAUACAUACACCACACCCCUUGCCGGGCUGGCGUUCGCGUCCCUCCGACCUCCCUCCCUUCCUUCCCCCGCACCCCGACUGACCUGACCCAUCCGAUGGCGCCCUUGGCGGCCGGUGGGGCCUCCUUCUCAGCGGUCUCGAGGGCCGCACCGAGCUUCGACGCACCCUUGACAUACUCGGUGUCCGCCUUGGGGUGCAGCUGCUGGUCCACUGGCUGAUCCGCUGACAUCCUCACGACCACGUCCUCACAGAUCUGUCACACGCACAACGACCUGCACCAGAGACACCGCAGAGAGGGCACCAGGCAGCACGGAUGUUGCGCACAUGGAGGGGGGAGAGGGGUGCACAGAGAGAGUGCGGCCGACGUACCGGAUGGAUGUCUGCGCCAAGGGCGAAGUGGGAGCACAGGGAAGACCGAAAUUUGACGUGGGAGGCGUCUCAAGCG